AUUUGUCAUUGUCACAAAUUUUUGGGAUUGACGGGCGACGUGUACAAAAAUGGAUUAAUAGUUAAAAAAUUCAAUUUAUUGUUUUCUGAUAUUUUACUUGAGUCAUAGUAGGAUAAUAUAUAUAAUAUAUCGUUAAAAAUGGAAGAAGACUUAUCAAGUUCGAAUAAUAAAAAAAAUGUAUUCUCCCAGUUUUGUACUAGGAUAUCACAAUGGUACCAAGGAGUGGUGGACAGGACAGUACCAUGGCGAAAAAGUAGAUGGUUAGCUGCCAUACUUCUCAUUAUUGGGUUUUUGGCCAGAGUGCUAUAUGCACAGGGAUGGUAUAUAGUUACAUAUGCAUUAGGUAUAUAUCACUUAAAUCUGUUUAUAGCGUUUCUCACACCAAAAAUUGAUCCAGCGAUGGAUUUUGAUGCUGACGAAGGAGGUCCUGAACUACCAACGAGGGCAAAUGAAGAAUUCAGGCCGUUCAUAAGGCGGUUACCAGAAUUCAAAUUUUGGUACUCAAUUACAAAGAGUACGAUCAUUGGUUUCAUAUGCACAUUCUUCGAUUGCUUCAAUAUCCCAGUAUUUUGGCCAAUAUUAGUUAUGUACUUCAUUACGUUGUUCUGUAUUACAAUGAAGAGACAAAUAAGGCACAUGAUUAAAUACAGAUACUUGCCCUUCACUCACGGAAAACCAAAAUAUCAGGGCCACGAAGAAUCGACAGGGAAAGUUAUUAUAUCUCCAAAGUGACAAAGCAUAUAAGUUAUUUGAUUAUGUCUUAAAAGAGAUUUUGCAAUUUGUAUACAAAUAAAAUAAAAAAUAAUUAAAUCAAGGGAUUUGUUACUGAAUUUCAAAGUAGUAACAAUUUUUUUGUACAGAUAUCGAAAGUUGUGAAUUUUUUUUUAUAAAUAUUUGUUGGUUGCGUUUAUGCAACAAAUUCGCAGUUUUAAUAUUUAAAAAUAACCUUAAGUGAAUCAUUUAAUUAGUAAUAGGAACAAGUCACUUUUCAGGACAUCUUCAAUCACUUGAGAUCGAUUGUCAAUUUAAUUGAUGAUUUUGGGAGCAGUAGAUACAAAUCUUUGGUGUUUCAAACGAAUUUUCUGAAAAAAUCCGUUUUUAGAGUUAUUUAUGGGUGUUAUCAUAAAGGGUAGGUGGAAUAACUGACUUAUUUCCGUUCCGUUGCUUAAUUAAUUGAUUCGAUAAUAUUUUACUUGUAUAUUCAAAUGUAAACAAAAAAAUUGUGAAAUUGUUAUAUAAAUUCGAGAAUCACUUUCAGCAACAAAAACAAAUAUUAAACUAUUAUGAAACGAUAAAAA